AUGAUAUUUCGAAGCAGAAAGAAUAAAUAAAAUAAAUAAGAAUUUCUAAAAUAAAUUAGAAAGUUCUGUUGCUAUAAUCAAAUAAAUUAUAAAUAUAAUAGAAAAAGAAACAGAUAACUUAAAGAAUGUUUUGGAAGAAACCAUAUAUUAUGAAGAACUUAAACCAAUAAAAAAAGUAUAAGUAAAUCCCAUAGAGUGUCCUAUUGGAUCUAUUUUUGACAAGCGUCCUCCAUAAAGAGAGAUAACUUAUCAUUAAAUUUAAGAAGUGUAUUAAGAAUAAUGGUGUUUUGCCCUUGCAUUCAAUAAAUAAGGUUCAAUAAUGGCUGGAGCAUCUAAAAAAGAUAUAAAAAUUUGGAAUUUUGAAAAAGGAUAAUUAAGAGAUUCAGGAGUAACCUUAAAAGGUCAUAAUUUAGAUGUCACUUGUAUUAUUUUUAGUAAAAAGAUGAAUUGGUUUAUAACUGGAAGUAUAGAUUGUAAGAUUAUAGGAUGGAAAAAGAUGAUUAAUUCAAUUUAUUGGGAACCAUCAUAACCUUGUGACACUUAGUCAAUUGUAUGGUGUUUAUUAUUAAAUUAAAGUGAAAAUUUAAUAUUUUCUGGUCAUUCUAAUGGAUCAAUCAAAGUUUGGACUUUAAAUACAGAUAAGAAUUAAUUGAUAUUUCAUUAUUAGCUUAAUAAGCAUAGUAAACAUAUUGGUUAGAUGAGUAUGAAUGAAGAUGAAACACAAUUAGUCUCAUGUAGUGAUGAUAAAACAAUAAUAGUUUGGGAAAAGAAAGCAAAUGAAAGAAGAUUUAAGUUUAAGUAAGUUUUAGAAAAUCUGAAAAAUGAUAAUGGAUUUAGAGUUUGUUUUCUAAAUAAAGAUACAAUUGCUUGGUGUCAAGAAAAUUAGGGUUCUAUUCAUAUAUAUAAAUAAGAAUUAGAAAAAUUUGUAGACAAAAAAGAGUUGCAAAUUAACUUAAAGAAUUUAGACUUAAAAGAUGGAUAAUCCUUAUUUCCUUCUAUUUAUAAUAAAGCCAAGUAAAUAUUUAUAAUAAAGCAUAACAAAUAUGUUAAUAUCUUGAGCUAUCAAAAUUAAUCAUUUAAUGUUUAAAGUGAACCAAUUGAUUGUAGAUCUUGCAAAAAUUAUGGAAAUAUUACCGAGGAUGGAAACUAUUUAAUAGUUUGGAAUGAUUAAACUUUAUCAUUUCAUGUUUACGAAUUGAAAUAUUAAUGA